UGUAGUCUAUUGAUGUUUAUUUGACGACAGCUUACAUUUAGGAUAUUCUGGAUGAGUAAAAUGUGAAAAUUAUGGAAUAAAUAGCAUUGCAUUAUUGAACUGUUGUUGGGGGGACUCUAGCUAUAUGGUUUCAACAGUUCGCCAUUAUUUCAGUUUAGUAUCAAUUGAUUUCCCUGUCUGGUAGUAUAAUUCUUCAUGGGUUAUUUUGGUACAAGAAUAUUCCCACAGCUUAGGUUUAGUUGUCAGUGAACCCCUAUUGUCAGACGCUUAUGAUGCCAUUUUAUUAAACCCUAUGGUGAUCCUGUAAGCCGAAUUUGAGAAACUGUGGAACUCAUCAUUUUUCAAUCAAUCUAUUCCAUCUCAAUAUCGAAUAUAUAUUAGAAGUUAGUUUUUUAGAUCAUCUGCUCAAUCAGUUCGCGUACGAACUAGCUGAAGAGUGAGAGAAAUGCAUCGUGCGUAUCAACCAAUACUGCCCAGUCAUAACAGGUUGCUUCAACAAAAGUGGGAUGAAACCUAUUACAACGAACACAGACGGAAGGUGCAAUCAGCAAGAUCGGUUGUUGAUACGAGUGCUCCACAAACCUACGUCCAUAUGCAUUUAAAGAUGAAAAAACUACAAUUGGAAGAAGAAAGGCUGAGUACUAUAGAAAGAGAUAAUCGCAUUCUGCUAGAAAAGAUGAGUUUUGUUAUGCGAACCAGAGGAAGAGUCGAUAAUAGAAACGACUAUCAGAAUAGAAGUCUAAAUCGAGAAAAACGACAACGUGAACUUCUGCGGGUAACAAGAGAAAAUCAAUCUAUACUAAAUCGCAUCACAAUGCGCGAACCAGAAUAUAAUCACAUGAAAUGGGAAAAAGAAUGGCAAGAAGCAGAAGCUCUCAUGGAUAAUAUUGGGAGAUAUCCUAAAAAUUGGUGGAAGACCAUUGAGGAGCAACGGAAACGCAAAAACAAACGAAAAUCAGGCGUACGCAGUGCUCCGACUGGAAAAUCCGAGAGCAUGGAAGUAAGUGACAAGGAAAAACCAACAACGGCAGAACCUAGUAAAGCGAAACAGAAAAAGGCGAAGAAAAACGUUAGAAUGUCGUCACAAUCAAAAGAAAGCUCUUCGAGUAGUUCGGAAGAAUCUGACUCUAAAGAUAGCAAGAAAAAGGAUACAAAUUGAAUUUACUUAAUGAUUCGAGUCAUUUCGUUUCUAUUAAAGACUACUUUUCUGGGGUAUUUCCGUCAUUUUCUUCAUGUUUUAUUUUUCAUAGAUAUAAAUAUAAAACUUACUUAUACAGUUUCAACCAAUAAUUAUGUCCAUUUAGUAAUUACAUUAGCAGAAGGAUUUGCUUUUCAAUAAGCUAGAAUAUUGUUUGUAGAAUUUAUGAAAUGUAUCCCCUGUUUCCCUCUAUUUGGCUGUUUUAAUCUAUGUAAAAAAUGUAAAAAAAUAUCUACAUGUUUCACUUUAUAUAUUUCUUAGAAAGUUUUAUUGUUGCUGAAUCUCAAAUUGUUUUAGUAAAUAAUAGGUAUACCUAACCCUGUGCAUAAUUUUAUACCAUAAUUUCCAGUACAAUCAGUGAUAUCUGACGUUGUUUUGCAUUACCGCUAUAUAUUGCAAGAUAGAAACAAGACAAAGCUUAAAAUGCGCCGAGAGUGAGAAUCGUACAUCAUGAUAAACCUUGGACAUCAUUAAAUUCAUUUAGUCACAAUUGCUUAAGUACGUUCAGGUUGGUUCAAAAUUUCGCUGACUAUUUUUUAGGCUCGAAUAUUUUAUUUAUGAUAUAUUGUUAUGAAAGUUGAACGUGUCCUUGAUUAAAACCGAUUACCAUUUGGUUCCAAUGAUAAGUCAAGAUUUGACAAACAUUCAGACUUGGAUCUUUUCGAUUAAAUAAGUAUGCAAUUUGAAAUAUCAGCUUUGUUCUUUUUUCUAGGCAUAGAAUAUAAUUUAAGAUUAUGAGAAUUAAAAUUACUUUUUGCACAUGUGGGGUGACUGUAUGAGUUUAUUUUAAAUAUUUCAGAUAACAUUUCUUGUCUUUGUAUUAUAUACCUGUGGUAUUCUGUAAAUAUUUGAGUAGAUGCAAAUAUAUUUUAAGAAGUA